CAAAAAUUUCUCCAAAAUCUCGCCCUCACUCUCCCACCUUUGGCUCCCCCUCCGCUCGGUUCCUUCCGUCGCCGCCGCCGCCGCCGCCGACGACGACACCGCCGCCACCAGCCAGGGCGACAGAACAGGCCAUCGAACCGACCUGCAGGUUUCGAAACUUCCCCCAAACUGCCCUCUUGUUACUCGCCCGCUCCAUCCUACGCACACUUCCCCCGGCUCUAGAAGCUUCCAGAAUCUAGCCCCCCCUCCCCUCUCGCCCACGCCGAUGGAGCCGCUCAACGCCAAGCUCUACGACAAGUACAACGCCCUCAAGAAGCGGAAGCUGCUCGACGAGGGGCUGGAGCAGAAGCGGGACGCGGACAUGAAGGAGCUCCACCAGGCCCUGAAAGAUUGGAUCAGCGAGCUCCAGAGCGAGAACGAGCGCCUCAUAGCCCAGCUGACCCAAAAGGAGCAGCAGCUUGUGGAGGCCAAGACGCUUUUACUUGAUGAAACUCGGAAGACAAAGGAGCUUAAUAGUGAAAUAUUGAACCUUCAGUGUGUCCUGGCUGAGAAGAACGACCAUCAUGCAGCUAGUGGGUCCCCUGCCACAACAACUGAAACGAUUCUAGGGAAUCAAACUCCAAUUUCACCUACAAUGAAGACAGCAAAGUCAAACAGCAGGAAGAAAAAUAUGCGCUCCAUUGAAAAAACUAGUGUUCCUCGUAAUGGCUUUCAGGAGGAAGGAAGAUAUCUUGAUUGCUGUACAAGACAUAUGGGCAUCUCAGGGAGUGCGACAGAAGAAAGCUCUAGUACCUGUAUGUUUCAUAUGCUGACUGAAUCAAUAGUUGGCAUGAAAUUUUCAGUGCAGAACAAAACAGAAGGGUUUUCACUUUCUGUCUCUCAUGAAGCUAGUGGUUACAAUUUCACUCUCACAUGGGUAGACCAACCCGGUGGUGGUGAAUGGUCAUAUCAGUACUCCUCAUUGGGCACCCUGGACCGGAUAGCUAUGGGCUGGAUGAAACAAGAGAUAAAAUUCAGCACAACCAUGUGCCCUGUGUUUUUUCAGCGCAUUUCGCGCAUCCUCAGGCAAGGCUAAGCUCAACCGGAGGCCUUGUUUGAACAUAGUUUAGUUUAUGUACUGAACUUUGCUGGAGAGCUGACUGAAACCGACUAGUUUUAGAGCUGCAAUGAAGCUUUCGUUUGCCGUUCGGUGUUCCUGCUUUUAACAUAGCAAUAAACAAGUGAUUCUGGGUGUUAAGUUGCUGUAUGUCUAUGUAUUAUAGUAAUUUGAACUUUGAUAGUUCUAAAACGAAUAAUCUUGACAUGGCUGUCCAAUGUACUAUCCUAAUCCGGUCCUGUUUGGAGGUUUAAGAAUAUGAGAAGCGGUU